UUUUUGCGUCACCUGUUCCUGUUAACGCACCGGCGAAGUUGUUAGGCACACCAAAAUAGUGGUCUGCAAAAAGAUGAAACUGCUAGUAUUUUUGGCAAUUUCCGUGGCAAUUUUGAAAUGCACAAUUUGCAACGAAGAGGUUGCAAAUGAUGAAGAUGAAAUAGAUACUACUGUCCAAGAAGAAGACGAUGUUUUAGUUCUUACCAAUGACAACUUUGAUACCACUAUAAGUUCAAAUGGUAUAAUAUUGGUGGAGUUUUAUGCUCCUUGGUGUGGACAUUGUAAAUCUUUGGCUCCAGAGUAUGCCAAAGCUGCCAAGGCUUUAAAGGAAAGUGAUCCACCUGUAGCAUUGGGUAAAGUAGAUGCUACUGAACACAAGGAGUUGGGUCAAAGAUUUGAAGUAAGUGGUUAUCCAACAUUGAAGUUUUUUAAGAAUGGUGAACCCUAUGAUUAUGAAGGACCAAGAGAAAGUGAAGGAAUCAUUGCUUUCAUGAAGGAGAGGGCCUCCCCAGACUGGAAACCUCCACCUGCAGCUGUUGUACAACUCAAGACAGAUAAUUUUGAUGAAUUUAUUAAUAACCAAGAUAUUGCUCUGGUAGAGUUUUAUGCCCCAUGGUGUGGACAUUGUAAAACUCUUGCUCCAAAAUAUGAAAAAGCAGCUCAAAUACUGAAGAACCACGACCCACCUAUACCUUUAGUAAAGGUUGAUGCUACUGUUGAUAGUGAACUUGCCAGCAGAUAUGGCGUUUCAGGGUAUCCUACAUUGAAAAUAUUCCGUAAAGGUCGUGAUUCUGAGUACAAAGGACCAAGGGAUGAAGGAAUAGUUAAUUACAUGAUUAAACAAACAGAAGAGGCAUCAAGGGUAUUCCUAAGAUUGAAACAAGUACAGGAUUAUAUGAAAAAGGAUAAAUUAACAGUGAUUGGAUUUUUUGAAAGUGUAGAAGACAAGAGAGUCGACAUUCUAGUGGAUGUGGCAAACCAAGCAAGAGAACUUUUCAGAUUUGCACAUACCUUUAACAAGGACAUAUGGAAACAUUAUGGUAUAAACAAACCAUCAAUUGUCAUCUUUGUGGCUGAAAGAUUCCAGACAAAAUAUGAACCUAAACGACAUGUUUUAGAUAAAGAAGAUUUCACUGAAGAAGAAUUGAAGACAUUUAUUGAGAAGAAUGCCUUCCCAUUGGUUGGUGAAUAUGACCAUGACACGGAGCCUCGUUACAGAGAACAAAGACCUCUAUGUUUAGUGUUUUAUACUGUAGAUUGGUCCUUUGAUCACAGAGAUGGAACAAAUUUGUGGAGAACAAAGAUUGCCAAGAUUGCUAAAGAUUUUGAUAACAUCACAUUUGCUAUCGCUGAUGAAGAGAACUUUAAGAACAUGUUGGAAGAGUUUGGUUUAGGGGAUUCCCCUGAGGAGAUCAACAUUGGUUGUCAUUCAAUGGACGGUAAACGUUACCCCAUGGAACCUAUGGAGGAGUUUGACAGUGAGGAAAUACAAGAAUUCUUACAAAAGUUUAUGAAAGGAAAAUUGAAGCCAUACAUCAAAUCUCAGGCUAUUCCAAAGAGACAAUCAGGACAUGUUAAAGUGGUUGUAGGUAAAAACUUUGAGUCUGUGGUUCUGGACAAAACUAAAGAUGUUUUGAUUGAGUUUUACGCACCAUGGUGUGGACAUUGUAAACAAAUUGAACCAAUAUAUAACAACUUGGCUAAAAAGUUGAAGAAUGAGAAAAACUUAGUGAUUGCCAAGAUGGAUGCUACAGCAAAUGAUUCUCCUGACCCAUUUACAGCAGAGGGAUUCCCUACUAUUUACUUUGCACCAGCAAAUAAAAAAUCUGAACCCAUGAAAUUUGAAGGGGACAGAACAGUUGAAGGAUUUGAAAAGUUUUUGAAGGAACAUUCUGCAGUUUCCUUUAAGUCCAAGGAUGAAUUAUAGUCAUAGCUGUGAAAUUUUACUUAAUAUGUCAGGUUAAAAUAUUUUAUAGAUGUGCCUUGACAUAUGAUAGAACUUUUCAGGAUUAAGUCAGCUUAAUUUUUACAAUUGAAUGACCUACAAGUAUUUAAGGGGGUAGACCUUAAGCAUUUACCUGAAACAGAUUAGAAAUAAUCUAUGUAACCUAGAAGCUUAGAAUAUAUUUAUGAAAAUGGUUAACACAAACGUACUGAUGAUUUUAAGAGUUAUUUCCCUUUACCGAGGUCUACCUCCUUAAGGUAGCACAAUACAAAGAUUUUAUAACUCCAACUCCCAAGUUUUAAAAUGCUGCAACUUUCUUAAUAAUGCUUGAAAAUUUAUAAAAGUGGUAGUUUUGGAUAGCUAACAGAUUACUCUUUCCAAUUAAUGCAAUGUUAGUAUUAUGCAACAAUUAUGUAACCAAUAAUAAUGUUAAUUGUGUCCAAAAUAUUUUUCACCAAAUUUUCACUUUCAAAUGAAUUUAGCUUCUGCAUAGAUAUCCCUAGAGGAUUGAUUUUAUUAUAUGUUGUUCCUAUGGCCAUUAUGUAAAAAAGGGUGUCUCAGAUUUCAGAUAGAAUGUAUAGAACAAAUUUUACACCUAAUUAAACAUUAUCUUCUUUUAUGUGGUUAGGAUGUUUACACUAAUUAAAGAUUUAUGAGAGAAUGGAAUACCAUAGAGACAAUCUGAGACAUCCUUUUGAAGCCCAUGAUGUGUUGAUUAAGAUUUCGUUAAAAUUUUCUGUAUAGUUAAAGAGAUGAUAGAGCUAAAUUCAUUCAAGUGAACUUGCCCAGAUUUUGCCACUAAUUACAUAAUAAUUGAUUACAUAAUGAUUACAUAAUAAAAGUAUUGCAUUCAUUUAAAAGAUCAAUCUUUUAUCUAUCAAUAUAUACCUAUUUUAUUAUUUUCUAUGCAUUCAUAAGAAAGUUACAGCAUUUCAAAGGUUAGUGAUUGGAAGUAAAAAAAUCUUUGUAUUGUUCUACCUUAAGAAACAGUAAAUACAUUUUAGGCAAUAUAGGUUAAAACUAGUCAUGAAUUUUUCUAAAUUUAAAAAAAUAAAAGUUGUCACAUACUACUCUAGGCCAGUUGAUGCAAUCUUGUCAGCAGAAGCAAAAUUUAUUCUGUAUUUAGAAGCCUAUAGGAUGUUUUACUCUAAUAUAUAUCCUCAGAUAUUUAUUUUGUAUUAUUACAUUGUAAAGAGUGGAGGCACAUGUAAAAUAAACAUUUGCAACCUGCUGAUAUGUUAACCUACCUUGAUGUUUAUUUUUGAAAUAGAUGUCGUUUACUUAAUCUACAGCAUUUUUUUUAUGCUCCAUUUGUUAUAGUUUUUCAUGCAGCUUUAUCUGUAGUACAGGUUGUUGUUCUAAUUUUAUUUCUUACUGGUCAAUGUUGGCUGCAGUUGAGUACAGGAAGAAAUUUAAUUCUUCAGAGAAGUACAUUCAAUCUAUUGUUAUGACUUAUUGAUGCAAGUGCCAUGGAUUAUUUUUUUAACAUUAUAGUAUCGUCAUACCAUUUUCAUGAACAUGAUAAGUAUGAACACACUGAAUAUUGUUGUUAGAUGUAUCCUUUCUUUGAACCGUCUACAUUGAUGUAUGUUUUGUGUUGUUUUUGACUUUGUUAUUACUUGUUUUGUUUUGGUUUUAGGUGCUCAUUUAAUUUGAAAUGGCUCACAUUUCUUUCAAAAUUUUAUUUUUAAUCUUAGUGAUUUGAAAUAAUUUAAGUUAAUUGAUAAUCUACUGAAAUGAAUAUUGCAUUGAUAAUUAAAUAUUUUAUUACAUGUCCAAGAAUAUUACUUUAUUUUUCAAAUAUAUUAUUCAAAUUGAUAUUUCUGAUUGUGGAAUUCUCUGAUAACAGAAUUUAUGGUUCCUUUGCAUUCCAAAGAGGUGUCAUGAGAAAAAUGGGAGGGUUAAAUAUUUAAUUUAAGUUUGCACAGUUUAUGAAAACCAGAGUUCAGAUUUAAAAACCAGAUGAUCAGUAUAACCUCUGAACUAUUGAUAAUUAAUUAUGAUGAGGACGUCUUUAUACCAAAUAAUGUUUUGAUACUUUUACAUUUCUAUAUAUUGAAGCCUACGCCUUAAUGGAAGUACUUUUUGUGACCAUGGGAAUCCAUUAAUGUUUACAUUUUACAUUUCACAUAGUGUUUUUCUAUAGGUUGUUUGAUGCAUACAUGUUAUAAACAUUUAUGAAAUUUAUAUGAUUAUAAUGAGUAGUAUAUAUGAGAAACUUUGAUUGGUGUAUGGUAGUGUUUAAAUAUAUAUUUUUUCACAUUAAAA